AUGAACGUCUCUAAGACUUUGCUUAUUGCACUAGUGUUAGUAAUUUGCGCAGGCGUAUUUCAACUAAUCGGUUGGCUUAAAGCUGUCCAGGCAAUGAGUAUAUUGGGCUUCCUGGUCCUUGUGGUUGCUGUACUGAUGACAGUCUUCAAACUUUUCGUUAAGAAAGAUAAAAAUCAAUUUCUCUUUGUGGCAAUAGGAACAUCUUUUGCUGGAGCUAUCUUCAUCUUAAUUUCCAUAGCAGUGUAUGCGGACAAAAUCAAUGAUCAGAUCCCCCCACAAGUGGACUACAAUUAUCACUUCAACUUCACCUUCAGCAUUAUAGGAAUGAUGGCCGCCAUAGUAGCCGGAGUCGCCAUGUUGGUGGAGAUGAAGCAAACCUAA